AUGGAGACACUAAAUAAACCACCCUACCUCCAUGUCUGCAUGUUAUGUAGGUACACAGAGUCCCUUAAGUCUUUGUGGCGACGUUCGGUUAGAACAGCGGUAUUUGUGGUCUAUUCGCUGUUUUGCAAGUACAAGCAGAUCCCUGUAGCGGUUCUGGACACUUAUAAGUCCGCUAUCGUCAAUGUUAUUAUUGGGUUUGUGCUCACCAUCAGUAACUUUUUAAGUUUGAUAAUAUUUAAUGUGAGCUAUAAUAAAGCUCAAAAAUAUUCUCAAAAUGAUAGUUUUUGGAGCGGUCUAUUUGGAAAAAUUAAAUCAAUUGCAAAAACAACACUAAUUGAAGCAUUAUUUGGAGACAAUUUUUUCGUACUUAUGAACUCAUUUUUAAUAUUAUCCACGGUUUUGAGUUCAAUAUAUUUUGCAACUUUUGUAAUAUGCAUCACAGGAUUCAAGAAAACAAUCCAACGACGAGUUACUCAACUACCAUACAAAUAGAUGAAGGACUAUCAAACACCGCCUAUUUUGCUGUCGCACUUAUCAUGAGGAUCAUAAUUGACUACCUGUGUAUCCUACCGUAAACGUCUGGGUUACAUUUUCCCCGUUUUUAUAUUUUUCAUUGAUACUUCAAUCCUAAUAAUAAUAUAAUACUUAGUUGUAGCGUGAUGUAUCUAAUAGCUAACAGCGUAGUAAAUGAACAUAGGUUAUGCCAACACAAAUGAUUUUUCAAUUCAAAACCGUAUUAUUAGCUUAUUCAUGACAACAAUCCAAGACAGUAUAUGAAUUUCAUAAAACACUUAUAAGACAUUGUUGUUAUAAUUUCAGAAUACCUAAAUAAAUUACUUUAUUGUUAUAAGUUACAAGGAAAACUGAAUUUAAAUCAAUUAACCAUAUAUGUACUUAUGUAUAAUUAGAGACAUACAAUAUUAUCCUCAUUAUUUGGUUUACUCAUUCUCUCUCUGAAACGUUAGAUUCAAAUAAUCUGGGCAGGGUUUUCAGCCCUUCUCGUUCAGUUAUUACUCGCAACCCUUUUUAUAUUAUCGCUACACCCAGCUCCGGGGUGUGAUAAGUUGCCAAUUCGCUGUCUCCAUUCUAGAACACGCCUGCUUCAGCGAGCAGUACUACGACAGUUUUGACCAACACAGCUCUUCGAAUUUGCAAGUUGAAGUCUGCCACUUUAUGACUUUAAAAAUGAACAGUAAAAUCAUUUAUUUAUGUCUUUGUUAUUUGGUAGCUUCUAUUCACACAAAAUCCUUAUGAAUGUAGUUUAUAACAACAUUUAUUUAAAAGAACAACACGCAAGUG